GUUUUCUUCUUCCCAACACAUACCAUGGCCGUUCAUCUGACUUCUACUCUUCCAAAUUUCUCUACGCCGCAAGAGCAUGCAACCAUCGUCUCAUCUACUCCCCAGAACUUCUCCGAAAUCCCCCCUGUGCUCCGGCACCAGCAGAAAGAGGUGCAAGUCCGGUUUGAGGCCCCUCUGGAGGACAAAGCAGAAUGGCGGCAGGGCACACUCUACGUGAUCGAUUCUGUGUUAGCGUUUGUUGAAGAUGGUGAAAAUGCUCAGGGCUGGCAGAUCGAGUAUCCUGCCAUCACUCUGCAUGCGAUAUCAAGAGCAGAGGGCGGGAUUUAUUGCCAGCUGGACGAUAAAUUUGGUCUUGUCGGGGCGGUGGAGGAAGAGGGAGAUGGAGAAGACGUAAUGAGAGAACUUACGAUUGUUCCGAAGGAUAGCGGGUCGCUGAAUGAGAUUUUCGAAGCACUGUCCCUCUGUGCCUCGCUGCAUCCCGAUGAACCAUCACCCUCCGACGAUGAAGACGACGAGGCUUUCGUCGAUGCUGAUGAAUUCGAAGUCUUUGAUGGAACGGAAGAGCAGGAGCUCAGUGAGGUCGGGAGGGUGAGGAGCGAUUUUAUCAAUGAUUCUCGUUAUCAACCAUAUUGAUCCAUUUUCGCACCAUUUUUCCCAUUUCGCUUGGGGUGUAGGCGGCUCUCGAGCACCUAGAGUCGAUUAUCGACCGUGGGGACGAACGGACAAAAGUUGUGGCGGAAUCAGGUGCUGAGCAAGGAGAUACCAAGGCCUUGUAAUUUCAAAAACUGUAUCACCAUUUUAUAUCCGAAGUCUUCGAAGUUUAUGAUGAAAACUGCGAUGUCGCGACACCGAGAACCUGGGGAAAGAAAUUCUGAAAUUAUUUUUCAGUAUUUUC